CGCAGGUCUACCCAAUGGACCAAUGUUGCCAGGGCGAGGGACGUAGCGCCCUGCUGCCAAUUUUCGAGACGCAAAAUUCCACGAAAUUCCGCUUUUAGUUAUCUCAUCGGAACGCGUCGCAGUGAAAAAACACACGACCAAUUUCACCUUCGGGAACAAGGCAAUGCCCUGCAGCCUCCCGCCCUGCAGACUCCCGCAAUACCGCCCUCCCUCCGACGACAAGGGCGCCUGCAGCCUCCCGCCCUCCCUCUGGCCUUCUGGCCGGCCCCGGUAUUGCCGUCGGCGCGCUGCAUUUUUGGCAAGCGCCAGCAGUUUUCCCCCAGGCCCCGGGCAUUUUCCGUGUGCUUCCGGGUUGCUGCGGGCAGGCUCCCAUAACUUGCGGCGCGAGAAUGAUUCUCGUGGUGGGCUUCGCAUCUGCAUGAAAUUCUUUGCCAUUCUCGCGCAAACGUAGUGCUUCCGCGAGAAUGGAGAGGCGUUUCACGUCGAAAGUUAGGCCCUAUAUAUGGGGAAGGGGCUUUGAACGGAUUUUGAACGGAAAUUGAACGGAGAUUUGAAUUUCGUUUUGAAAUUGGCGGGGAAUUUGAAAUACGUUUUGAAAUUGGCGGGAAAUUUGAAUCACGUUUUGAAAUUGGCCUGUGGGAUGAAUUUCGUUUUGAAAUUGGCCUCCCCCAUAAAUGACGCUUCGAAAUGUCAACCGGGGGCGAAGCCACGCUCCGAGCCUAGGGCCGGGGCCACUCGACCGCCAGCAUGCCUGAAAAUUGCCGCCAGGUAGCCCCCACAGCAGCAGCGGCAAAGGUAUUCUGGAGGCGCGCGCGCGUAUUAUUCAUCUUUCAUUCGCCAGCUAGGGCCAGCAAUAAAUGCCGCGCGCCCUCUGUCCUUCUUCGUGUUUUGGCAAAGCGCAUCGAAGCGCGAAGGCCUGUGGCAUCGCUUGGAGUGGAUGGCUGGAAGCCGGACAACCUGGGGCCACUGCGCUUGUGUGGUCGUCCACGCCGACCAAUUUCACCUUCGGGAACAAGGCAACCGAGGACGUCCAUGCGAUUAGUGGUGGGCCCGUCAUCAAAUAGAGCGAAGGAGCCAGCUGUUGUCGCCGACUUGCCGGCGCGCCCACGCUGUCCCCCGCCCCUCGUGGCCACAUGCCCCCCAGGCCGGCGCCGCCCUCCUCGCUGGCCCACUACAUGUGGGGCGCGAGUACUCGGCUCAUGUGCCCGAACGGCCCGCGCGCGCCCCACCGCCUACCCAUGCAGGUUCGUUGGGGGCUGGGAGGCGGCCGACCAGGUGGGGGCCCCGUGCACCAGCGGCCAGCGACCUCCACCAGGCGUGGGAACCUGGCCCAAACACAUAGCGCGGGGGAUCUCCGUUGCGCGGUCCGCCUGUAUUCGGGCCCCACACACUCGCGCCACCGCCCCGCGCGGCGGACCGACCUACCCUGCACAGCCAAGCAACUGGCCGCCCACCGACCGCGAGCAGCCGGCCGGCCCACUCCACGUAGCUGCCCGGCUUGCUGCGGCGCGACCAAUUUCACCUUCGGGAACAAGGCAACCGAGGACGUCCAUUUUUGACCUGUCUUAG